UUUUUGCGAAUUCGUCAUUUACAUUUACCACGCUUUUGUGCCAAACGGAAUAUCUGCGACACGGUGAAAGUUGCGUGACUCAGAUGACGUAAGCUGGAUUGUAUUUUCGACGUCAAAACCGAAUAUCUCUUGCCGAGCUAUUAUUUCGCUACUCAUCAAGCUGUCAUUGCGCAAAGAGCGCUCAUAAAUUAUUUAUACAUAAAAAAGAAUCAGGACAGUGGAAAGUGCAACGGUUUCUUCAUGCGCGAUGCAUUCACGUUCCUGCCGUAUGGUCUGACAAAAUUUCCGAAACUAACCGAACACCGACUUCCUCAUAACCGUUUCAUCGAUUUUCGUCGUCCACUUUUUUUGAGAGGGAGGAGGGGGGGGGGGACAUUAAACGCGCUUAAUUACAUGGACUCGGGCGUUCGCGGGUGCGGGCGCCAAUUCCACCGGCUACGUUUCUGGCUUCGCGCAAGGGCACCUGCGUAGGUGUGGGAGAGCAACGACUUCUAUGAAUAAAGGCGGUACAUCAACGAGGUUCACUCGUAUGUAUGCGCGCUCGCGCGCAUGUGUCAGGUGGAGGCUCUCGCCUCGGGAACAACACUGUGCGGAGGGCAAAGGCCGGGGGAGCGUACGGUGAAGUGCGGUGAGGUGACGCAGGCGGGUGUAGAAAGAGAUGGUGGUAGGUACAGGAAGAAACAGUAGAGGUAGCGGAUAGAUGUGUAGGCCGCGGUAGUUCACUUGCACGCAGAGGAGACACGCACGCGCGCACGUCACAUUCGCACGAACCGACGAGGGUGUUGGUUCGCCGCACUAUGGGGGCUUACAGGGAAGGGCGGAAUACGACGUUACCCUGGGAAAAAGAAGGCACAAAAGGUGACGAUGUCAACAUGGCUUUGAAGUCAGGUGCGACGGUACGGAAUUUUCGUGAUCCUCUCAAGCGCCACGUCUAUUUCAGUGUCGUACGCCACCGGCUUGGCUUUACCGGAGACCUUCCCAUCCUAUCGUUUAACGUGACACGUGGGCGAUACGCGAUUGAGUAAUGGCAGUUAUCGAUUGCCAUUGUCGUAUAUGCCGGGGCAGAUACGGCUUGUGGCUCGAUAGGUGUACUUCUCGUAAGACUGCACCGAAUCGUCGGAAGAAAUGUCUGUCGUUGGGAUGUUCUACCUGAAAUUAUCUAGCGCGCGUGGAGCUAUUAUCUGCGUCUCCUGGUCACGUGUCUGGUUAUGGUUGCACUCGUCCUUAAAAACUCAGGUAUAUUCGAAAAUCUAAAGGGAACAACGGGAAAGGAUACCGAGGGAAAAUGGUUCAGAUUACGGGAAUGAAAUAAAUGGGAAAUAAAGAAGUGGAUAAAAGCCUCGACGUGACACUCCCUUCCAGAGACGAACUUGAUUUUUCUCUCUGGUUACCGAAAAGAGUUUCUCUAAGCGGACCACAUCGUCCGUUUGUUUUAACAUUCUCGCUUUAACACACUCACAUGUUUCGCCGUAGACACGUGUUUAACUUCAGUACGUGCGGCGAAUACGGGAAAGAGGUGAAUGACUGCCAGUAGGUUACUUCACAGCUGCGGGAGAUGUAACAAGAUAUAUCUGUAAUAAACACAACGAGUUACUCGCACCAAGAUUGCACUACGGAAUUUGAAGAGAGAAACGAAAAAAAAGGUGCAUUCACGAGUAGCCAAGCCCCAUCCGUCAUACCGCGCGCAACUUGAACUCUCACCUUCUAACUACGCUACUGUGCACCACACAUACAAUACCGCCGUGCUUGUCGUGCAUCCCAAUGUGUACGUGCACGAAGAGCGAGCGGGAGGGAAAGAGAGCCGCAGAAAGAGAAGGACCGAUCGACAGUAGGUGGAGAAGUGGAAGCAACGGGUGCGGUAGUGGUGGCGGCGGCUGCGUUGGAUGUCUAGCUGAGGCAGGCCAGGUUGGAAGAGCAGAGGAGGCAAAAGCGAGGUGGAUUGGAGAAAGAGAGAACGAGCGAGCGAGAGAGAGAGAGAGAGAGAAGAGAAGAGAGAGAGAGGGGGGAAGGAGAGGGAGCCAGAGUUGGAAUGGAAAGGCAGUCAGGUUGCUCGACGAGGUGGCAGGAGUGAGGGACGAAGCAGAGAGCGGUUUAGCUGGCUCUGCCUCGGUCGGAGCCACGGAGUGGAGUAUCGAGAGAGCAACCGAGGUCCCGUUGGCCCUGGUGGUCGGCUGCCCCGGGUGAGGCGUCAUGAAAGCGCGUCAGUCGACCGAGUACACCUCCGGCCGUACGAAAGCAAGCUGAACGCUCCGUUUGCUGUCCGUUUCCCGGCUCUUCCUGUUCGCCGCGCUUGCGUCCGAUUUCGGAGCACGACAUUGACACGCGGCGGCCGCCGGCGAACCAGGACUUCCUCCUCCCCGGGGGCUUUCACCGGUACCUCAGGGUGACAGAGAUGGCAGGCGGAUGUCCGGCCGGAUCACCGAGCGACCGCAGUGGUGAACGAGAUCGCGAGUCCCGGGGAUGUUCUUCUCUUUCGUGCUAACGAAGCGUGAUCGGUGGGCCGGUGAAGUGAUACGAGCAGUGUCCUGGUUUUGGAUAUAAUACCUCGGUAGCCUCGGUUCGCUCUCCGGUAGAAGACUCCUCGCUCCUCGUUCGGCUGUUUAAAGUCGCUCGUUUGCCGUCUCAUCGCGGCCUUUCCCUCAGAUCUGAUCAUCUUCAUCGAUAUUUCAUGACGUUCCGCGACGCGCGGGUAGAGCCUUUUUCCGACGUCUCGAGGAAAGAAGGUGCACCGCAGGCAGGGUGAGACAAUGGCCUCAAAAUAAUGCUCAGGUGUGUCGUCUUUUGUUGAACCGAGAAGGGCCUUUCUCUCUCUCUCUCUCUCUCUUCGAUGAUGCACAAGACAGCGCUCUCGCUUCCCAUGGCUUUUGUCGUGAUCAGUGAUUCAGGAUAGGCUCGCGUCAGUAACUGUGACAAGCCGUGCGGCAGGUCUUCUCACGUGUGAUAUUCCGCGCGCCGUGGGGAUCACCGGCGACGGAAAGAGGCCUCCUUCGUGACAACGGAUAAAGCGCGGAGAUCAAAACAGAGGAGAUCCAGCUGGACACGUGCGCACGAGUGCAAGAUCGCACGGGAGAAGAAUACGGGAUACCUUCUCACCGGGAUCUUCCCCCUUUCCUUUACGAUUUCACCGGCGAUUCUGCGACCAGGGGGUGGAAAACGUCGAGCGGCCGAUUAAGUGCCGUCGCAUUGAGACCCGAGGGAAAAGUAUCGCGACAAAAGCGAGGGAUACGACUGGAUCAAGCUCUGAUCGCGGACCGAAAUCGCGCGCUUCCAGCUACCUCCGAUGUUUGGCUCCAUCACCUCAUCGUUGUCACAUCGGUGCGUCGCUCCCCCGCAAUUCGUUAUUUCCUCCCGCCACUUUGAAGUGGCCGGGCCGCAUGGUUACGGAGGGAUGAAACUAAUCCGGUACAGGGUAUAUAUUUGAUAUCGUAUCUUGUUUCGCGAACAGGUCCGGCGCGCGACAGGGGAAUUAAUGCGCGCCGCGGGAUAACGCGGAUGGAAGGGAAAAAAACGGAUACGCAAUAGGCGCGCUUCUCAUGCUCGGGAUUCGCAAACCGGCGAAUUGAUUCAACGUACGAGCAGUCGCUCCCCUCUCGGGGAGUAGGUUAUACGAUAUAUUUACAUGACGACGUGUCUGAAAAGUAACGUCAAGGGAAACGAAGCCGUCCGGUGGUCGUCGGUGAGCGAACGAACCGGUACUCUAGUGAUUAACAUGAAAAAGGGCCGAGCGAGGAACGGCAGCGGUAACGCGCAAGGGACGAGAUAAAGGCACGACGGUCUUACGCUGAUUAUUCUCGCCGCUCGAAAUAGUUCUUUACUCGGACAUACCGAGCGCGCGUUUUCAAGUAUUCUCCACGUCGGCGUCCAGAAGAAGCGCUCGCGAGGUAAAAGUAAGGGAGACACGAGUCGGAAGUCAUCCUGGGAGGAAACGGUCAGCUCGAAAUCAACGGAAGGAAACAUUCCACGUCUCGUUGUACCCCCUGAAGAAAGGGGAGAACGAGCGAGCCCGGGAAAGCCCGCGCAAAAUCGCAAAAACGCUUGAUCUUCGCGGAAAUCGUGCGAAGAGGUGCUCUCCGCGAGAGGAGUGACCGAGGCGAUGAGAAAGGAUCGACCCACCGUGCUGAAUCCGCGAAGUCUUACGUAACUCCGAACACCUGACCAAACGGAUGCGGUGGGGACGUCCGGAGAUUAAAAGCAGCGGCGCUCGCACGCGUCAUUAUUUCCGGUAUUCGGAAUCCGCGAUAACACGCACACACACUCGCAGUCUUCGGUCAGUCAGGAGGAGUUCCGACGGCACGCGGUUCGCCGGCUGAUAUGGCAACCGUCGUUCCUACCACCGUGGUCCCUCGGCUCCUUCGCCAUUACCGCCGUCACUACCUCCUCCGACACCGGCGUAGCUGUCAAACGAUCGAACAGGUGUUACCUCCGCGAGGUGCCCGGAGUGGGAUACGCGAUUUCUUGUGAUACCAGACGCGCGCCGUGUUAAAAGGGAGUCGUUUCAGUGAGUCGUCGAUCAAUCGAUGUGACACGUACAUUCCUCAAGCAUUCCUCGAUACUUGACUGUGGCCGCCUUGAGGGGUGUCUUCUCGGGGCGAGUGUGGGUGUCGGUUCUGUGAAGUGACGUGCGGAGUGUGCCGGUGAGCCCAGGCGUGGCUGCGCUGCGGAAGGGAGAGACACCGGGACGUUGGAUGUGAGACCGAGGAUGCCGCGCCGUAAGAUGUCCUGUUCGCUGUCCGGAUUCGGUGGCAUUCCGCUGCUGCUGAUUCUAUUAGCGAAGGUCACGUAUUCGGCUGAUCUCGCGAUCGAGAUACCAGGCAAUCUCAGCCAGGAUGGCUCCUGGUACCGUUUGGAUUACAGCCCACCCGUCGGCUCGCCACCGCCGAACACCACUAUAGCCGCUACCGAGAUCGGUGAUGUCAUAAAGUUCAGGGACGGUCUGCCUGGGACAAAAUACGAAUAUUGGUUGUACUACAGCAACAGCACUCUCCACGAUUGGCUGACGUGGACAGCGUCGAUCACGACACCGCCCGACCCCCCUUCGAACUUGACGAUCUCGGUGCGAAAUGGGAAAACCGCGAUCGUCUAUUGGUCGCCUCCGGCGCAGGGGAAUUAUUCCGGUUUCCGGCUGCGGACGCAGAGCUUCAGCGACACCGGAAAUCCGAAAACCAGCGUCAUCCCCGUCGACUCGGUGCCCUACACUCUCCGGGAUCUCACGCCCGGUGCCACGUACUCGCUCCAGCUCUUCACCGUGCUGGACGCCAAAGAAAGCGUCGCUUACACCAGCCGGAAUUUCACCACGAAGCCGAACACCCCGGGCAAGUUCAUCGUCUGGUUCCGAAACGAGACGACGCUGCUGGUGCUGUGGCAGCCGCCGUAUCCCGCCGGGAUUUACACGCAUUACAAAGUCAGUAUAGAUCCACCGGACGCCAUAGAAUCCGUUCUCUACGUGGAGAAAGAAGGCGAGCCACCUGGUCCUGCGCAGGCAGCUUUCAAAGGACUCGUUCCAGGAAGGGCCUACAACAUUUCCGUGCAGACCGUCUCCGAGGAUGAGACGUCCGCGCCCACCACCGCCCAAUACCGCACGGUACCGUUACGUCCUCUCAACGUGACCUUCGACAAGUCCUCCGUGACGUCGACUUCCUUCCGCGUAUUUUGGAACCCUCCGAACGGCACGUCCGAGUUCGACAAGUAUCAAAUAUCGCUCGGUAGCAAUCGCAGGCUGACGCCGGUCACGCGAAAUCGAGACGACGAGAGCAGAUGGGAGUUCAAAGACUUGGAGCCCGGCAAGACGUACCAGGUUGUCGUGAAGACGGUUUCUGGCAAGGUUACCAGCUGGCCCGCCAGCGGGGACGUUACUUUGAAGCCGUUGCCUGUUCGCGACCUCAGGGCUGUGAUCGAUGAGAGGACCGGUAUGGUGGAAGUUUCCUGGAGCCCGGAGAACUCCAGCACGCAAGACAGCUACAAGUUGCAAUACCACGAGGUGGAAACAACGAUCGGUGGCGACAGCAACACUUUGACCACCGAUAAAACGAAGGUCACUCUGGAGGCUCUUUUGCCUGGGAGGAAUUAUUCCAUCAUAGUACAAGCGAUCAGCAAUAAGAUCGAGUCGAACGAAACCGUUCUGUAUCAAGCGACUCGGCCCGCCAGUCCUAUAAUCGAGGAUCUGAAACCGAUCGAGAAGGGCUUGAACAUCUCCUGGAAGAGCGACGUCAAUUCCAAGCAGGAGAAAUUCGAGGUGACCCACAACAGGAACGACACCGGAGAAAGCGCCACCACCCUCACUACGGAGUCGCACAUUGUCUUGGAAGAUCUUUAUCCCGGCGCGGCGUACGAGGUCAAGGUCUUCGCCAUUAGUCAUGGACUCCGAAGCGAGCCGCACGACUAUCUACAAGCCGUCUUGCCCCAUCCACCGAAGAAUCUCAGCAUCGAGAAGGUCACGAGCAAUACCAUCGUCGUGCAUUGGGAGGCGCCGACCGACUCGAUAUUCACCGAAUACUCCAUCAAGUAUCGCACGGAGGACGAUCCCAGGUGGGUGAAGCUGCCCAGCGUUCGCGACACGGAGGCGGAAGUGGCGGACAUGACACCGGGCGAGAGGUACACCAUACAGGUGAACACCGUCAGCUACGGCGUCGAGAGUCUGUAUCCGUUGCAAGUGAACCACACAGUCAGACCCAAUCCGGUUCUGAACAUCACGCCGAUCAUCGACUCCACCAACGUGACUCUCGAGUGGCCGCGGCCGGAAGGCCGCAUCGAGGUCUACGUCAUAAGAUGGUGGCCGGUGGAGAACUCGGAAGACUCCAGGACGAAGAACGUCAGCGGGAGUAACGACGUGUCCGGCGUCAAUUUCGAGGAGAACGCUGUGCACACCGAGAAAGUUCUGGUGGGUGACCUGAUGCCCGGAGUGGAAUACUUCUUCGUCGUCUACACGGUCUCCUACGAUUUGGUCAGCGACAUCAGUAAUCUGACUACAAGGACGAUGCCGCUGAUCCAGUCCGAGGUGGUCGUAGUGGUCGAUCGCGAUCAACCGGGCUCCUUGACGUUGAUAUACACGCCGACGCCGAUUCAGUCAUCGAGGUUCGAUCUCUACCGGUUCAGGAUUAGCGAUGCGAAUAAUACCACGGAAGAGCGCAAGGUGGAGGACACCGACACCAAGGUGACAUUUGUCGGAUUAACACCUGGCAAACUGUACAACGUGACCGUGUGGACAGUAAGCGAUAAUGUGGAGAGCAGACCUCUCCUGCGGCAGGACAGACUCUAUCCCGAACCGAUCACUGCGAUUCAUGCUAGCGAGAUAAAUGAUACGAAGAUCACUUUGACUUGGGAUGUGCCGCACGGAGAGUACGAUGCCUUCGAAGUGCAGUACAUAAACACGGAAGGCAACUACAUACAAAAUUUAACCUCGGUUAACGUGAUCACCAUUUUUGAUCUCAAGCCGCAUAGAAAUUAUACGUUCACGUUGGUUGUACGUUCGGGCACAGAAUCCUCUUACUUGAGGGUCUCGAAUCCGCUCAGCGCCAGUUUCACCACGAGGGAGUCCUAUCCAGGAAGAGUGGAGAAGUUCCAGCCCACCGACAUCCAGCCGAGUGACAUCAGCUUCGUGUGGUCGCUGCCAAGCCAGGAACAAAAUGGCAUCAUCAGGAAGUUCAGCAUCACGUAUGGACUAGAAGGUUCGACCCACACGCAGAUGCAGGAUUUCAAGCCGAGCGAAUUCCGCGGGGUCAUCAAGUCUCUCAUACCGGGCAAAACCUACAUCUUCCGGAUCCAAGCGGAGACGAGGAUCGGCUUCGGUCUUGAGGCGAUCUGGAGGCAGAAAAUGCCGAUAUUAGCGCCGCCGAAACCGCCGACGCAGGUGGUGCCAACCGAGGUUUGCAGGAGCAGCACGACCAUUCAAAUUCGAUUCAGGAAGAAUUACUUCAGCGAGCAGAACGGAGCGGUCACGUCGUACACUGUCGUUGUCGCGGAGGACGACAGCAAGAAUGCUUCGGGGUUGGAAAUGCCGAGUUGGAGGGAUGUCCAGGCCUACAGUAUUUGGCCGCCUUAUCAGGUGAUGGAGCCGUAUUACCCCUUCAAAAACGGAUCCGUGGAGGACUUCACGAUCGGGUCUGAGAAUUGCGACAACAAAAAGAUCGGUUAUUGCAACGGACCGUUGAAGUCAGGGUCUACCUAUCGGGUGAAGGUGCGCGCGUUCACGGCGCCGGAUAAAUUCACGGACACCAGCUACAGCUUCCCCAUUCAAACAGGAUUGCUGCUGGCAGAUAAGGACAACACGGCCAUCAUAGUCGGUGUCGUCGUCGCCAUAGCGGUGCUGCUGGGCCUCCUAGGCAUCGGACUGUUUGUGAGAAGAAGAAGAAGUCAGGGCCGCAAGACGACAGAAACCAGGGCGACUGACAAUCUGUCGUUGCCUGAUAGCGUCAUUGAGACCAGCCGGCCUAUCAAAGUCGAGGACUUUGCCGAGCACUAUCGCACCAUGUCAGCGGACUCUGACUUCCGGUUUUCGGAAGAAUUCGAGGAGCUGAAGCACGUCGGGAGGGACCAGCCGUGUACCGCGGCUGACUUGCCCUGCAACAGGCCGAAGAAUCGCUUCACGAAUAUUCUCCCGUACGACCACAGUAGAUUUAAGCUCCAACCUGUCGACGAUGAAGAAGGCUCCGAUUACAUCAACGCCAAUUACGUUCCGGGUCACAAUUCGCCACGGGAGUUUAUCGUGACUCAAGGCCCGUUGCAUUCGACUCGAGACGACUUCUGGCGGAUGGUAUGGGAGAGCAACAGCAGAGCGAUCGUAAUGCUGACUAGGUGUAUCGAGAAGGGAAGAGAAAAGUGUGACCAUUACUGGCCGAUGGACACUUUACCUGUGUAUUAUGGUGAUAUUUGCGUCACGAUACUGAACGAGACGCAUUAUCCGGAUUGGAGUAUCACGGAAUUCAUGUUAUGCCGAGGCGACGUAAAGAGAGUAAUCCAGCACUUCCAUUUCACUACCUGGCCGGACUUUGGCGUCCCUAGUCCACCCCAAACCCUGGCUAGGUUCGUGCGAGCGUUCAGGGAACGAGUCAGGCCCGAUCAGAGGCCCAUAGUCGUCCAUUGCAGCGCUGGUGUGGGUCGCAGCGGCACCUUCAUCACUCUCGAUAGAAUAUUGCAGCAGAUAUUGGUAUCGAAGUACGUCGACAUCUUCGGGAUCGUCUGGGCGAUGAGAAAGGAGCGGGUCUGGAUGGUCCAGACGGAGCAACAGUACAUCUGCAUCCACCAAUGCCUCUUGGCCGUCUUGGAGGGCCAAGAUACUACUGGACCACCGCGAGAGAUACAUGACAAUCAGGGAUUCGAAGAUGACGAAGGGAUAGCCGAGUCGGGGAUGUGAUGGUUCGGACGCUGGUUAGGAAUAACGAAUGACGAUAACGGCAGACGACGAUGGAUCUCGCCUUUCCCAAAGGUGCUUGAGUCCCCUGGAUUCUUCAAGUUCCCUUGGAAGGGAAACACUAGCCGGAAAAAUUGCGAUUCAAUUGUCGGAUGAAGGGAGGAGCGUACGAGAUAACGGUGAUAAUACGGGGAUUAGUCGGAUCGCGCGUGCGAAGCGAAGAUCAAUGGGAGAAAUCGGCGGUUUGAGGUCGGGAAGAGUAACGUUACGCCUGUGGAGCAACGAGCGAGCGCAUAUUUUAUAUUCUUUUAACGUCUACAUAUCGAAGAGAAGCGUGUUCAAUCCGUGUAAUACAUAUAAAUAUACAUAUAAUAUAGCGUCUCACGCGGCCGUGAUAAUUAUAUCAGAAAUGUGUAAAAAGUGGGACUCUGCAGGGAGACGAUAACUCGAGAAGACGAUAUCAAAUUGAAUACGCUGCCACUAGUAUGGGGGAUUACGAAUCAAACGAGCGCGAUGUCUCGCGUUGUGUAUUGUAUCAGUGUGUGACUCAUGUAUACAUAUCUAUACAUAUAUACAUACAUACAUAUAUCUACUUGGUAGGUAGCAGUUUCCGGGGGAGCUGAUAAAAGCGCGCAAUGUUGUUGGUAAAUGUAAGUCUAUCUCAUAUCGUAUCUCGUAAGUGCAAGGUCGCAUAUUCCACUGGUUGUGUCGCGAUGGGGCCUCGGACCACGUCGCAUCCGCAAUGAGUCUGUCGCGAAUGAGUCUUUGAUAAGAUCAUUUCGAGUGGAUCGAAUUAUCUAGACGUAACAUUACAAACUGGUGUUCUUGGUUCCUGCCGAUGCGCGCAGAUACUUCUCUGAGAUCACCACCAAUAACACUCUGUUCAUAUUCCGCGUUUCGGAACAGACGGAAAAGAAGCUACGUUGCCGUAAUCGUUUGUCCUUUCUAUUACUCUUUUGUCUUUUCUUAUCAAAAUUGAAGCAGUCCUCCCAUCGGAUGAUACUUAAGAGCGAUCCGUUGCGAAAGUGAGGCACAAUGACCCCCCCCUCCCCGAUGAUCGCGCCGGUUGAGUUAUUGUUCGGAGUGGCAAACCGUCCGUCCAAGAGCCGUGUUAGACGUGCUAGAUGAUGAUGAUUUAAUAAGUAAAUAACAUUAACGAGCGAAUUGUAAACGAAUUACCUAGAAAUGAAAAUCGGAGGGAUGAGCGGGCGUGGUUGUAGACGGAGCUUUUAAUCGAUCCUUCUUUCUGAGAUGGGCGAAACAAUGUCAGUGGGAACAAGAAACUCGCAUUUUCGUAGAAGCCAUAUCACUUUUGAAGGGAAUCACAGUACGUAUGUAUAUGUGCGUAUGCGUAUAGGUGUGGUGCGUGCGUGUAUGUGGUUGAUCGAUAAUCGAUCGGAGCCGUCACGGAGCGAUAUGCUAACCCCUAUCAUCGUUACAUACGUUACAUGGUCGCCGUAGAGGAAUAAUGUGUCUUCAAUUAUUUGCAGAAAUAAAGUAACAGGAUCGUUGACACACA